AUGAACAAGUUACCGUGCCUCCUUCACCUUGCCGUGGAGCACGCGGUGGGUAUCGUCCUAAACGACGGUUGAACUGUCAGGUGAACGAUUUUAAACCCCUGCCCUUCGAACUGCCGAAAUAUGUUUCAUAUAGACCUCGGGUAAACUAGGGAGCGGCGAGGAAGUGUCAGCCUUCCAACAUCCCAGGCGAGUGAUCGAAGUGCCCCUUCAGGAUUGCCAUUCGAGACCUCAUACAAAGGGCGUCAGAUGCCUGAGAACGAUAUCAAACUCUCGAUUGGCCUCCUGAACAACUGUCUAAUUCUGGUGCCGGUGAAUUGUGAGUAAAUUACGCCAUUCAGUCUGUAGCGCACCCUGAUUAUUGUUCACUAGUAUGCGCGGGAUUUUUUAGACCCUGGGGCCAAAAAUUCGAGAACGCGCAGUGUUCGUUGGCACAGUGUGAAUAUCUGCUGCCCACCUGAGGCCCCAGUCACUUACUAGUACUUGAGGGAAAUUUCAUUUCCGAGGGUUAACUCGUAUCUCACCCCCUAUCUGUCAACCCGAAUCGCAAAACUCCUUCGGUUGAUAGAAUGUUAUGACCGCCUACACAGAAUGGACAAACCAAACGCUGCUUUCUUGGGAACCAGUCGUUUGCCGACCUGCGGGAUAUCUCACGGGAUAUGUCACCAGCAUCACCAUCCCCGCCUUCCACUCAAAAACAGCAUUUUCCGUCCAGGGUGAUAGAGAAACUCCUGCCAAACGAGGUCAUGGUAUCUUCGGAUGUUACGUCCAUCUUUAAUUCUAUUCCCCAGGAUUGGCAAUCGAGACCAUCGAGCUACGCUUAUGAAGUAAACACAAUGAGACGCAAAAUCGUCUUGGACCCGCCCAUGUUCUCCGGCUGCUGAAGUUCUGUCUUAGACGUACUUCGCGUUUAAAUAAACAGUUUACGAGCAGGUGAAAGGUGCUUCAAUGAAGUCGCCGAUUUCGGAACUCAUCUCCAAGGCCGUUCUGCAACGGCUAGAGUCGCUGGUCUUCCAAUACUCCAGACCGAAAUUCAGGGCCUGGUGCGCGGGUGAUGCUUUCGUCGUUAUCGACCGGGAUCACUUGCGAGCAUUUAAAAAAGUCUUAAAGCUGUUUUCCUAGAAAUAAAAUUUACUAUGAAGGGAAAAGAAAUUAACUAGCUGGCUUUCGUGGAUGUCAUCAUAUGCUGCAAAGGAUGUGCUGCCUUAAAGACUAAAGUUCUCAGGAAAACGACAAAUACGACGCAAGUACUGAAUUUAAAUAGCAAUUCCCCAAUCAGCCACAAAUACAGUUCUAUAAGGAUGCUCGAUCGGCACGCUGCGACGCACUCCAGUGAGCCGGAAGACAAGAAUGCUGAACUACAAUACAUUCGACGGGUGUUCGAAGCCAAUGGGCACCCGUUUAACUCCCUUUACCGGUGCAUACACAAACGGGACGAAAGGCCAAAUCUCAGGAACUCCAGUCCUAUCAGUGUGACCAGACAGAUUGCUGGAAUUAACCUUUCAAUAAACUUUAAAUUGUAUCCCAUACUUACUGCAUACAUGCUAUCUCAUGAAAUAUUAACUGAAAUUCCAAAAUGCGUUUUCAAUUCGAGAAAGUCAUUUAAGUAGGCUUGUCGUGUUAAGAACCAUGUCACAUAACGCCAAGAUAUUCCAGUCAGAUCUCGAUGUUGGCCUUUGAACGAGCUUCUUUUGCAAACUACAUUCCAUUCAAUUUUGGAUAUUUUUGCAAAUUUAGACAUAUUUUAUGGAGAACAUGCAUGAAAAUUUAUUUCGUUCACUCAAUUGGUAGCCAACUAUGUCUUCUUUAAAUUUUAUUUAUGAAGAAAGAUCAUCUUUCGGUUUUAUAAAACAUCGGCUGUAUAUGUAGUCAGCAAGAAUUCAUCUGACUAUCGUCAGCAUGCACUUUUAAAAUUUACAACAUUUUGAAACUGGACUUUUGAUUUUUAUGAGCUUAGCAGGGCAGAAUGCGUCUCUUUUACUCUGGUUCAAGAUAUUCGGGAACUGCUUAGCCGCGCCGAAUAUGCACUGUCCCAUCUUUUCGGCUGACCUUCUUCCAACUUGCCAACUAUAUUUUCCACAGGUUUUCCAUCUACCGUGCGUGACCGAUCUAAUGAAAUGUUGGCAAAAAUUUUGGAAUGCGUUUCCGAUUAGGAAGGAUUACUUAGGUGGGGUUGUAAUACUGAUUAGCAUGCAGCAUAAUCCUAUAACACACUGCACUGCAGUGAAAUGGAAGACAAGGUUGCUGAACUACAAUAUCUUCGACGGGUAAUGAGAGCCAAUGGUUACCCGCGCAGCUUUGUCAACCAGUGCAUAUGAAAGGACACCAGAGACCAAAGCCAACUGGCCCCAAAUUUUGACGGGUUUUUCCGUACCUGAAGAACGUCUCGGAAGCCGUUAGUCGUCUUCUCACUCCACUUGGAGUUGGGGUUGUACACAGGCCGAAAGCAACCAUUAGGCGCCAAGUAAAGGGGCCAAAAGACCCACUGCCACGGCAGGAAACGUCUGGGGUCGUUUACCGGAUCUGAUGCAGUUGCGGACAAAGCAACUACGUCGGAGAACCUGGAAGAUUAUUCCGGACGCGAAUUGCCGAGCACGUAGCAGCAGUGAGGUGGGGAGACGCUAGCUCUCAUGUAGCGGCUCAUUCGAUGGGACCUGACCAUAGUUUCAAGUUUCAAGAGGCCGAAAUCCUCGCAAGGGGUGACAACCGUGUGAGCCGCGAGCUGCUCGAAUCAUGGUUCUCAGGCCCGCAAUCCAUCAACAAGCGCAAUGGCCUCCCGCUACCAUAUUCCGUGCUGAAAUUUUGCCUAGGUAGAGGAAUCAGUCACGUGGGGAGGGCGCAGGCCAGCAAUUAUCCCAGGGACAGUGAGCCAAUUUGCUGAGCAAUUGUCACACCAGCAUCCAACAUGGAUGACGAAAUUAUGGCAUUUAAUGGCCCGGACGCGGACUGACAAGCCACCAUCGCAUCAAUUGCGACCUCAGCGGUGAUUGCGAGAGCUGUUAAUUACAGUGUGCAUGUGGUCCUACGACAACGACGGGCUAUAAAUACUGCACUCCUGGUGCCACAAUCACCUUUAUCUGCUAAUGUCUCUGAGGAUGGAUUCGAGUAAGGAUCCGAAAGGUCAGGCACAUAAAUUUCUUGUUCCGGUGAUCGCAUCUUUGUCUUCGGAUUUACGGUCCCCCCACUUCAUCAGGGAUCGUUGCACUUAGUGUGCUGACUGUUUGAUGGCCGACAGUCAUCUAUUGGCGCUGUUUGGAUAUUUAGCUUACUUACUUUGGCCUAGUGUUUUUGUUGGAUAAUGGGUCGCGUUUAUGGUCACGCUAAAAGCGUAUCUCGGAGCGAGUUACCUCGUAGGAUGACUAUUCUUUCCUGGCAGAGAGGUGCCGGCAGACUGAUCCUGUAAACAAGCCAUGACGCACAGACAGACCGACUCAAGUCACCGGGGAUAAGAUACUGUUUUUACUACCGCUUGGUCAGAUCUUGACUACCAGUCCUCUCAGAUUAUGACUCCUGGGCUUGUUUGGUAUGCUCUCUCACCUUUUUUCCUUGCCCAUCACUACAACCCGUCAGUCCACCAUAGUUUUCCUCCUUUUAUUUCUGCUUACAGAUCAGCCAGACCCAAGUUGAUACUGUCAUGAAGUACAUUGAGUGCGGCAAGACGGAGGGUGCACGUCUGGUGACCGGUGGUGCUCGACUGGACCAAAAGGGCUACUUCAUCCAACCCACGGUUUUUGCCGAUGUCACUGACGGAAUGGGCAUUGCAAGGGAGGAGAUCUUUGGUCCGGUCCAGUGCAUCCUCAAGUUCAACACUCUUGAGGAGGCUAUUGAGCGCUCUAACAGCACCACCUACGGUCUGGGUGCCGGCCUAUUCACUACUGAUAUGGAUAAGGCCAUGCGCGCCUCGCAGGCUCUUCAGGCUGGUUCAGUCUGGUGAGUAGGUGUCCUCAUGUCCCCCGCCCACGAGGUGGCGGCCCCCUCGAAUUUUACUGGCGUACAGUUUAUAGCUGAUGCAAUGGCAGAUGAGGCUGAAAGUUAUCCGAAAAUUGGGAAACAUUUUAAAACAUAAAUACACCCCUUCUUCAAGCAUAAGAUAUGAAGAAAAUGAAAUUACCUACCAAAUGAGCAAAAAGGCAUAUUUUUGUACAUGUUUUCUGUAAAAUAUACUUGAAUUUGUGAGACCAUCGAAAAUAAAUCGGAACAAUGCCUGCCACAUAAAUAACCCUUUUUUUACCGAAUGCGGUUUCCUGCAGGAGGUCAAAAAGAAAUGCAAUCAAAAACCGACAUCCUGGCAAUUCCGAAAUGUUAUAGGAUUAUGUUGCAUGCUUAUCAGUAUUACAACCCCACCUAAGUAAUCCUUCCUAUUUGGAAACGCACUCCAGAAUUUUGGCUAACAUUUCAUGAGUUCGGUCACAUACUGUAUCUUUUGAAGAGGACGGAUUAACUAUAAAUUGAUUUCUUAUCUGCGCAUUUCUUUGGUGUGUGUGUGUGGGUGGCCGAAUGAUUUUGACGCAUAUGUAAGUAUAACGCUUCUCCUAACGUUAGUUUUGCCUCUUUAUGAGCGCACUAUACGGUAGAGUUGACCAUUCGACCUUUAAAAAGAUCCUGUAGUUUCGUAGAAACACAAAAUGCGCAAUAACACAGCGCGGAAUCCAAUUUCUCUAUGAUGUCCACUCUACGUCACCGGCAAUUUUAGCAUUCUGUGCAGAAACUUGAUCACAUACACACCUGCCAUGCAUGCACAUUUUCGACUGACUUUCCACAGCUCUAUGACCCAAAAGAGGUGAGUUCGGUCGGUCGUUGUGAAAAUCAACGGGGCCUACGUGAUUGCUGGUUGUAAAAAAGGCAUAUACUUCUCAAUUAUCAAUCACGCAUCUGACCUGUCUCCGCCACUAAACGAUGCCGGUUGCAUUUCAGUGCUUUGCAGGAGAUUGCUUUUUGUGCCUGGGGGGUAGGGCGAGUUUGGUUUAUACCUUUAUCCAUUUCAUCGCCUUUUUGACAGCCGCGUAGAUCAUGUCACAUCGCCGACAGUAAAUCUCCUCCCCUGUACAUUAAACGUACACCAUCAUGACCUGCACUGAUCCAUCUUUAUUCACGGGACGUGAUAUGGGUUUCUUUUUUCCUUUAGAAUGACGGCUGUAAGCCCUAUUCCGUUGGACGGUUUUGUUUGUUUAUAUUCAAGACUGCUCCUACAUUAGGUGAACUUACUCAUGAAAUGUCAAUCGAAAUUCCCAAAUGCGCUUUCGUUUCGAAAAGACUAAUUAAGUAGAGUUAUAGAACUAAUUAGUCUGCAGCGUAAUUCUACAAUAAUCUACUUACCUCAGGAUGCUCGCAUUGGAGCGAACGUCUUUACUUCUGCAUGCAAAAACCUACACUCUGUAAAAAUGAUUAGUUAUGUAGCAUGCACUUUUGUCAUUGAUUUUCGAUUAUUUUUUCGUGGAAAACACGCAUACAAAUGUUCAUUCUUCUACAUAUUCGGUAGAAACUUUUACCUUCUUUCAAGUUUGUACUCGAAGGACGGGUAAAAAAACAGUUUUCAAAAUCUUUUCCAAUUCGUGAGUAUUUUGAGCGGGACCUGGCGUUACAGUUGCAUUCAGGGUUCCCAAAUUACAAGUCGUAUAUGUUCCGCGUACGGAAAACCAUACAUCUCUGUACGUAUUAAGAGGAGACCAUAUGGGAUGCGUAAAAUUUAGCAAUGGACCUGAUCCAUAUUGUUAACUUUAAAAGCCACGUUAGUAAAUGCAGAAGCAUGACGUUUUAUGAACGGCCAUUGUACGCUAUAAAAAAAAUUCCACAAUCGAAAACUGUUUGGAUCGAAUUACACUCUUUAUUCGAGUUUGAAAUUGGAAGGAGACCUUAUUUUCUACCGUAUGGGCAAAUGAAUGAAUAUGUUUAUGGAUGUUUUUCAUGAAAUAUAAUUAAACUUUUAAGGGCAACGAAGAUCAUUGACAAGCCUGCAUGCUACUUAAGUAGCAUUUUUUACAGAGCAUAGUUUUUGCAUGCAGCUAAAAAAGUUCGUUUGAAAGCCCGAAUCCCGAGGUAACUGGAUUGUUAUAGAAUUGCCGUGUACGAUGAUUAGUUUUACAACCCUACUUAAUUAAUCUCUUUUAAUCGGGAAGGCAUUUUGGAAUUUCGCUUGACAUUUCAUGAGUUAGCCCACCCACUCUUUAUCUGGUGUAAGGGCUGCAAUGCUAUCUGACAGUCGCUUUGCGAGAUGCAUGAUUUAAACCUUGCGUAAUUGUUGGGAACACUUAGCAAUCCUGUUGUGUUGGUGGAAGGCCCAGGGUUUUCUAUCUGUGUCUAGUCGCUGCCAGAGAGACAAAGCACAGCAUUGCCAAUCUAAUCACGAGGCCUGUGGAAAAUAAUAACCAACGCAAUUAUUUUACCGGCCAAUGCAAAUUCUGGUUAAUUAUUGCUAGCCUUUUCCCAGCCUUUCCUUGCCACUUUAGGCCGUCGAGAUGACCCUUGCCAAGUGCGUCUGAAAAACCUUUUGGCUUGUCCUAAAAGGGUUGCCUUUAGGUAAAAUUCAUGGAUCAUUUCUGAAGUAUUUACGUUUUUCCCCAGUUUUGAUAAAAACGAUUCUUCCUGUUUUUGUGCUUACUACGCUCCCGACUAAGUCUGACUAUAAAAAUGAACUGCUACUAUAUUUUAAGACUAUAAAUGAACGCGCAGGUAGGUCAUAUCCGCCAGCCAACUAGUAGUCCUUUCGAAUAACUUUUAGUCGAGUCCUGCUGACUUAUCUGAUUUUAAGCCUGCUUUGAGCAGAUUUUUGGGAUUGGCUUAUUUCGUGCACUGUCAAUAAGUCGAUUUUAUAAUAUAACACGACUAAAAAAAUUACUUAUUUCACAAUUGCUUGUAUGACUUUGGACGUAGAGCCAGCAAGACGGUGUAACAUUGUGCCGGAACAUGAUGAAGGAAUACAGCGAAUUAUAAAAGGGAAAGGAGAUGAUAAAGCAAUGAUGCCUUGCAAUGGAUAAAAAGAAAGUCAAAUACAGUAGAUGUGCUAACUCAUGUAAUGUCAACCGAAAUUUCGAAAUGCGUUCUCGUUUCGAAAAUAUAAAAUAAGUAGUGUUGUAAAACUAAGCAUGAUGCAGCAUAAAUCUAUAAUGAUCCAGUUACCUCAGGGUGUCAGCUUGCGAAAGAACUUAUUUUCGACUGCAUGCAUGAUCUACACUCUGCAAAAAAUGACUACUAUGCAGCAUGCAAUUUUCUCAUUGAUUUUCGAUGCCCUUGAAAAUGCAAUUAUAUUUCAUAGAAAGAAUGCAUAAAAAUAUCCAUUCUUUUACUUAUUCGAUAGAAAAUCACGUCUUCUUACAAUUUUAUACUCAAAAAAGAGUAUAAUUCGUUUUUAAAAAAACUUUUUUAAUUCCCGAAUAAUUUUGAACCUGACCUGCUGUUACACUUGCAUUCAGGGUUUUAAAACUACAAGCUGUAUAUUUUCCGUGUAUGGAAAACCAUGCACUUCUAUACAGUGUUAAGAGGAGACCAUAUGAGUUUCAUAAACUUAAGCAGUGGAUUUGAGAAAUAUUGCUAACUUUACAAGCCACAUUCGUAAAUGCAGAUGCAUGAAGUUUCAUGACUGGCCAUUUAACGGUAUUAAAAAAUCCCACAAUUAGACACUUUUUUAAAACAAAAUUAUACUCUGUUUUUGAUUACGAAAUUGAAAGAAGACGUGAUUUACUACCGAAUAAGUAAAAGAAUGAAUAUUUUUAUGCAUGUUUUCCAUGAAAUAUUAUUGCAUUUUCAAGAGCAUCGAAAAUCAAUGACAAAUUGCAUGCUACAUAAGUAGUCAUUUUUUACAGAGUAUUGAUCAUGCAUGCAGCCGAAAAUAAGUUCUUUCGAAAGUCGACACCCUGCGGUAACUGUAUCAUUAUAGAUUUAUGCUGCAUCAUGAUUAGUUUUACAACACUACUUAAUUUAUCUUUUCGAAACGAGAACGCAUUUCGAAAUUUUGGUUGACAUUUCUUGAGUUAGCACAUCUACUGUAAGUAGUAAUUAGUGUCAGUGAAUUUAAAAAACUAUCUGGUCUCAAUCAUACCAUCGCGGAUGCAGUAAGUAACAGAUCUCGUUAACUGUUGGCCAAAAUUCUGAAAUGCGUUUUCGAUUAGGAAGUGUUACUUAGGUAGGGCUUUAAUACAGAUUAUCACUCAGCAUAGCCCUAUAAUAUUUCGGACUUGCCAGGAUACUGGCUUUUCAUAGCGCUUUUUUCAAUCUCCAUUAAAAGCAGCACUUGGUAACAAAAUGACUUUUUAUGUAGUGUGCAUUUCUCACGUCGUUUUUUGAUGGUUUUAUAAAUUCAAAUUCGUUUUGGAGAAAACACGCAUUUAAACGUACUAUUAUUUUGUUUAUUUAAUAAAAAAUCACGUUUACUUCAGUUUUUUUACUCAAAGAAAGAGUUAAUUUACGUUUUAAAAAAGUCAUAUAAAUUCUAGAAAAAGUUAAGCUACACUAACAUUUGGCGACUUCAAUCUACAAGAUGAUAUACAGUGCGUGACCAAUCUCAUAAAAUGUUGGCCCAAAGUCUGAAAUUUGUUUUCGACUAAAAAGGAUUAGUUAGGUGCGUCGUAAGAUUAAUUAUUAUGUAGCCUAGUCCUGUACUAUUUUGGACUCGACAGCAUGUCCGAUUUUGAAUGCAGUUCUAUACGACUUCCAACAGAAACCGCAUUUGGCAAAAAAUGAAUACUUUAGUGGCAAGUAUUUUUGUACAUUAAUUUUUACUGGUCCUAUAAAUUCAAAUAUAUUUUAUAGCAAACAUGCAUUAUAUUUUUAUAUAUGCUUCCUUUUACUUGUUUUGUAGAACCCGGCAUUAGCUUCACAUCUUAUACCCGAAAAAGUGCAUAUUUAGGUUAUUACAAGGUUUCCCAAUUCCUGAAUAAUUUUUAGCCUGAUCAGCCAUUGCACUAGCGUCUAGCGAUUUCAGUCUGCAAGUUGCAUGCGUUCCUCGUAAGGAAAAUCAUAUAUUCCUCUAUGCCUUUAGAAGGAUACUCUAUAGAGUUCAUACAAUUUAGCAAUGGAUAGAGGAUGUGUUGUACACUCCACGAGGAACAUUGGUAAACGUACACGUGCGAUGCUGUAUAUAUGGACCUUACACGACUUUGAAGACCUCAUAGUUAGAAACUUUUUUAAAACCAAAAUAAAACCUCUCUUAGGGUACAACAUAUAAAGCCAAUGUAGCUUUCUACCACAAAAGUACAAGAAAGCAUAUUUCGUAUAUGUUUUCUAUAAAAUAUAUUUGAAUUUAUAAGACCAUUGAAAAUUAAUGUACGAAAAUACAUGUUACUUAAGUAGUCAUUUUUUGCCAAGUGCAGUCCCUGUGGGAAUUAAAUUCCAAAAUUGGACGUCCUGUCGAGUCCAAAAUACUACAGGAUUGUGCUACAUAAUUAUUAACUUUUACAACGCACCUUAUUAAUCCUUCCUACUCGAAAACACACUUCGGAAUUUCGGCCAACAUUUCAUGAGAUCAGUUACGGACUGUACUUUUCGCGCAAAGAAAAUCUUAUAUUUCUAAAUAUCUUUAAGAAGAUAAAAUGUAUAAUUAACUAAGUUUUGCAAUGCGCGUGAAGUAUGUUGUAUACUUAAGAAACGGACAGAUACGAUGCUGUACUAAUAGACAUCGUAUAUCUUUUAAAAAUCGCAUAAUAAAUUUUUCUAAAGUCAAAAAAUACUCUUUCUUUGGGUAUUAAGUACAAAGUCAAAUUGAUUUGUUAUUAAAUUAGCAAACAAUAAUUAAUUUAUGUUUUUUUUAAAAAUAUACUUGAACUUUUCAGGCCAUCGAAAAUCAGCAUGAAAAAUGCGUACUACAAAAGUAGUCAUUUUUACUGAAUGCGGUUUUUACUAGAGGUCGAAUAAAAAGCAUUUAAAGGCCGACAUCCUGCCAAGCCCUGCAUUUUGCAGGAUAAUGCUGAGUUAUGAUCAGUCUUACAACCCUACCUAAGUAAUCCCUUCCAAUCAAAAACGAAUUUCAAAAUUCCGACUAACACUUCUUCAGAUUGUUCUCACUGCUGGUGACAAAUAUGUACUAGCUAAGGGACAAAAGGCCCAAUAGUCAAAUUCUGCAAGGAGUUCUGGUAAAAGCGACGAUGGUUCUUCUUGAAGAUUUAUGUAGAAAAUCAAUUUUGGCAACCUUCGAAAUCCAAAAUAAGCGCCUUCAUUUUUUAUUAUGGAUCCAGUACAGCGCACCGUCCUUAAGUAAACCUAUCUUACACUGUGUAUUUGUCCUCCAUCAGUGAAAUUCGGCCUGACAUCCCCGACGUUUUACCAAAAGCCCAAUAAAUUACACGCUGUGAAUACCACGAGGCCAUGCCUCAGUUAGACAUUGAUUUCGGUUCAGAUUCUCUUGUCAACUCAAGCGAAGUUCCAGAAACUAGUCAGUAAGGAGGGAAAGCGAUCGAGGGAACAAGAGCUUUAUUCGCCUGACGUUUCGGAUUCUCGCUGGAACUCAUCAUCAGAGACAGCGACCGAAACAAGUAAUUCCUUCACAGGCGGUUGCAGUAUUUAUAGGACCCAGUCGCUAUGCUACCGCAUAUCUACGAUAAUUGACCGCUCUCCCUUUCAUCGAGAAUUGCUGCCCGCCGGUGCGCUAAUUGCUUUACGGCCGGCAUGCAAGUUCUUGACUACUAAAAUCUCAUCAUCCGUGUUGAAUGCUGGCGUGAUUAUCACUCGUCCAUUUGGAUCACCGGCAUGUGCGCUUUGGCCAGACUAUAUCUCAACAGGGAACACGGAGAGGAGAUGUCGUUGCACUUGUUUAUAGACUAAGAUCCCCUGAAACACGACUCAAGCAACUCGUCACUCACGCGAUUAUCACCCCUUGGAAGAAUUUCGGCCCCAUUGAACUUAAAUGUGUGGCCGGGUCAUGUCGAAUAAGCCGUGACCUGAGAGUCGGCAUCAUUUCUCCCCACCGCUGCCGUGUGUUCGGAAAUUCGCGUCCGGAGGAGUCUUCCAGUUUCUCCUACGUAACUGCUUUGCCCGCAACGCACCAGGUCCGGUAAACGACUCCAAAUGCUUCUUGUCGUGGCAGUGGGGAUAGCGGUCAAUUAAUGUAGGUAUGCAGUAGCAUUUCGACUGCGUCCAAAAAAUACUGCAGCUUCCUGUGCACGAAUCAUCUGUUUCUGUCACUGCCUCUGAUGAUGGGUUUGAACAAGUAUCUGAAACGUCAGGCUAAGAAAGCGCUUGUUCCCGCGAUCGCCUCUACUUCCUAUAUCCUUAUGUCAACUGACUAGCCUAGCCUGAAAAGCGUUGUUCCGAAGGAUUUACAUCAAGUCCUCAUAUUAAUUUCUAAGAAGACUAUAAAGCUGAAAUUGCAAAAUUAGAAUACCUAUCAAAAGGCACAAGGGGAAUGAUGAGCUGGGUACCUCGCAGCUUGAGCCAUGCGAAGACAAAAAAUCUGCAAAAAACGUGCCUACGAUGUUAUCCAACACCUAGCUUGUCAGUAUGGCAAAUGAUCAAGUACGCAAAAGUACUUGGCCUUAUGAUUCAAAAAAACAAAUAGAAUAUAUAAAAUCCAUGCGAAUGGAUGAUUGGUCAGUGGUGGCCGUGUGGAGAAGAUUCUAGAUGUGCUAUCCCACAAAACUGUGACAGACAUUCUUAAAAGUGUUUCAGGUCCGAAACGAUAGCUUAGAUAGAGUUGUAAUGGUCAUGCUGCAGAAUCCAAAGAUAUUUCGAUCAAUUUAUGAUGCCGGCUUUUUAAACAAACUUCCGUCUGGCCACUUGCAUAAACUAAACUCGAUAAAAAAUGACUGCUCCAGAAGUAUGAAUUGUUCUCAUUUAUUUUCGGAGCUCUUAUGUAUUCAACUACAUGUUAUGGGAAAAUUGUACACAGAUAUUUGAUUUUAGCUAUUUGGAAACUGGUCAUGCCUUUUUCAAGUUUGUGUUAAAAAUGGUGUUAUUUUGUUUUAAAAGUUCUUUGUCAUUUCCUAGCUAAUUUUUAGCCCGACCUGCAUAAGAUUCUGUAUUAAAAAUUUCCAAACUACAAACUAUAUAUUUUCCACGUAAGGAAAAUUAUACAUUUCUAUAUGUUAUUUAAAAGAUAUCUUACAAAACACAUAAGAUUUUACAGUCGAUUUGGAUUAUUUUGUUUCAGGCAAUAUUAAUAAAUGUCGAGAUUCGGUGUUUAAUGAGUAGAUAAUUCGCAGUCUCAAAAAGCCCAAAACUGGAGACUUUCUUAAGAACCGAAAGAUACUCUGUUCUCUAACAUAAAAUCUGAAGUCGGCGCACCUCGUUACUACUGAGUAAAAGAAAAAAUAAUUUUACACAUUCCUAUGAAAUAUUUUCGAAUAUAUGAGGGCCUCCAAAUAUAACAGGGGAAAUAGUUAUCACUAGAAGAGUCGUUUUUAUCAAAAGUUGUUUAUGCAUGCGGCCGGAAAAAAGCUUGCUCAACAGCUGACAUCCUGUUAUGACUGCAAUAUUCUAGGAUUCCGCCGCAUGGUCCUAAAUAUAGAUACAGCAAUUUUUUCGAAUCGAAGACACAUAUCUGAACUUCGGCAAACACUUCAUGAGGUAACACAUUCACUGUAAGUUUAAGUUGAACGGAUAAUCAAAGCCCGAGGGGAACCAUCACGUUGCACAAACACGGAAAAAUAAAGAUUAAAAUAGGACUUCGAUGAUACAAAUUGAAGCGGAUUUCGGCAAAAUAUAUUUAGAGCUGUGCAGACGGAUGUUAACAUUUCGAGUUUCGCAAAAUUCGCUGGAAUUCCAAAGCUAUAAUAAAAUUUUGCCAGUCUCUCCGGGUCUUCGCCUCAACUCAAUACACCGACAGGUUUCCGCUAAAGCGACAGCAUAUCACAGAAGACCUUUGGUAUCUUACAUGCCCUGGCAGCAUUAUCAUUGCAUUAUUUAGUAGCCCUUGGACAUCUGAUGCGGUAUUUACCUAAAUCUACCGCACUAAUUAAGCCCAAGAUUCGGCGAGUAUUGCUGGCAGGCUAUAAAAACGUCAGGACAGCCACUCCCGGUUUACCGACGCUCAUCAGCCAUGCACUGGUGGACCUGAGUCGAAGAGACUCAGCAAUCUAUAAUUUCCAAUUUUUGCAACAUCAUCAGAAAAAUCGUUCUUCACUCACCAUGGCCAGGUCACAAAGGCCUAAAUGCUAUUAAAACUGUUAGCAAAAGCUGGUCGACGAAUCAAAUCUUAAUUUCCAUAUUUCGCUCUCCUAACGCGACAGCAAACUUGCAAAGCAGGAUAUAACUGUGCUCUAAAAGCCAGCAGGUAUGACGAAAACCAUCUGGGGUUGUACGGAAGGAUUUAACAGCAGUUAGCCCAGUGUAUGGUAGAUCGGGGAAAUUACAAAAAAGUAAGUUCAGAAGUUGUUUGACCGUUAGCGACAAAGAAACACCUUUGUUCAGCAGCAAUUGAAAAGAAUCCGGCAUUGAAGCUGACUGAAAGCAAACGUCACAUGGGACCAAUUUCCACCCAUUUACAGGAAAAUCGCAUUUCGACGACCAUGCCAUAAAAUGAUGCAAGCCUUCUUGUAGAAGUUAGAUGUCGACUUCAUUUUUUAACCGAAUCACCAACGAUCAUAUCAUCAGCAUGUUUAGCACAAAAUGCGAAUUUUUUGUUAGCAUUUGUGCUAACACUCCAGCCAUUUGCUUGACAGUAAGUGUAAAACAGAUGCUGCCUACCUUAAACUUCAUUUCCCGCCUGACUGGCGGGGCAUUCAAAAGUUAAUCAACACCAACGUCCCUUUCUCCAUUAAUUCAACUGUCCGUAGUGGGAGUCCGGUCGCAGCCUCCCUGCCAAGCAUCUGUUUAUAUGAGUAGCCGGAUGCAUUUCCAAGCAUAGGGCCUCGGCUGUGAAAGACGAAAGACGGGCAAUAAGGGCUCCUUGCAGUCACGCCUGUCUUUUUAUUCAGCGACAUUUUUCAGUUACUUAUCAGUCAUCGCAACACGACCGACCGCGUAGACUGUGGAUCGAAACGGGAAGUCUUUGCAGGCGCUCCAGGUAAGAUAGAUAAGUGAUCUGAAUGUCCGUUUGACUUGAAGCAACUCAUUUUACUUAUUAGUGCGGCGCUCGCACUGGCUUGAGCAAUGCUUUGUUUCGAGAGCGAAUUAUCAUCUUCGUUGCUUAUUUGUUGAUUGCAGCUUAGGCCAAGACAAGUUCUGUAGGGGACCGAUGAAGGAGUAGAACAGGGUGAAAUUAGAAGACCGUUGAGCACUUUUGUUUUUUAGGGAAAAAUCCCCCCUGUCUGGUCUACGACGACCAAAUAUCCGAACGUAAAAAUAACCAGCAUCCAAUAUAACACGCGAAGUGAUAAUGACGGCGGCAACUAGUUAAUGAGCUGAUUCAGACAUCUGCCUGCUCGCUUUAGUCAGCUACCAGCUACGGCGGAAAUUUGAGGUAAAAACCUGCAUACACGCUAAGUAGAUGGCACGCAGAGUAGAUUUAUUCGCCAUAGACAAAACGAAGUUCGGUAGGGGUCGGCUACGUUGUCCUGGUUCCAAAUGUAAGUUCAAUGUGGGUGUUGAAAGUAAUGUAAGCCGAAGCGGGGUGCUAAAAUUGUUAGUGGGAAAGUGGCUAAAGCUAAAACGGCAAGGAGCAACCUGAUGUUUCGGCCCAGAGGAAGGGUUAGUUUUAGAGUGUGGGUUAGUGUCAGGCUGAGGAAUGAGUUUAGGGUUUGUGUUACGUUUAAGAAUUCCCGUUAGAGUUAGAGUUUGGGCUGCGGUUUAGGUUUAGUGUUAGGGUUGGUGUUAGGGUAAGUGUUAGAGUUAGGAUAGUAGGCUAGAUCGCAGUUGGUAGCCAGGAAUGGGGACGCGGACGGCGACCUUAACCCUAAUUUUAACGUUAACCCUAAUCCUUACCUUAAUCUUUAACGCUAACCGUUAAACCUAACGGCAACCCUUACCUUAACCCUAACCGAAAUCGUAAACGUAACCGUAGCCCUUACACAUAGCCGUAAAUGGAAAACUUUACCGUUAUACUGAAACCCAAUCGUACGCUCAAACCCUAACCGUAACCCGAAAACCUAAGCCUAAGGGCAUAACCCUAACCCCAAAAUCGGAAACCAUUAACCGGUACCCAAAUCCUAACCUCGAACGUAAAACGCAAGCCAAAGGGGACAGAUGUGAUUAUGGAAUCUCACACAAUAGCCCCAGUAAACAAACUUCCCCGCAACCUGUAAUACGGGUCCUGGCUUCUAACUGCUAUCUAACCGGAUAGUAUUACUGUUAAGGUUAGGGUUAGGGUUAUGGUUAAGGCUGGGAUAGGGGUUUGGGUAGGAGAUAGGCUCUGGGUUAGGGCUAGGGUUUGUGGUAGGCUUAGGGGUAGACUUUGUGUUAAUUUUAGGGUUAGCGUUAGGUUUGUAAUUACGUUUAGGACUAGUUUUACCCUUAGGUUUGGUGUAUUGCUGGCCCGCGUGUCCCGUCAGCCAGACCGUUUUCGGGGAUUCCAGGCUUUUUUCAGUCUCUUGUCUUUUCCCCUUUAGCUCCCAUUACUGUCUCCACUAACGAUUUCGGCAUCCCACUUCGGCCUACUUUACUUUCAAUGUCCACACUGCACUUACACACUUAGGACCAGGACAGCGUAAUCGACCCUUGUCCGCAGGUCGUCAGUGGCCAUGCACUCGCCUAUGACUUUCGCGGUGCAUUUUUCUGCAGGCGUGGGUUUGAUCGCCGUUGGUAGCCAAGAAUGGGAAGCGGACGGCGACGUAACCCUAUUCCUAACCUUAACCCUAACCCUAACCUCAACCUUAAACGUUAACCGUUAACGCUAACAGUAACCCUGACCCUAAACCUAGCCGAAAUCGUAAACGUAACUGUAGCCCUUAGGCAUAGGCGUAACUGGAAAACCUAACCGCAAUACUGAAACAUAAUCGUACGCUCAAACCCUAACCGUAACUAGAAAAUCUAAGCCUAAAUGCAUAACCAUAAUCCGAAAAUCGGAAACAGUUAACCGGUGUCCUAAACCUAACCUCAAGCGUUAAACGGAAGCCAAAUGGAUUAUGGAGCCCCACAAAAUAGCCUCAGUAAACAAACCACCAGCCAUCUGUAAUGCGGGGCCUGGCUACCAACUGCGAUCUAGCCCAGGCGCGUGGAAACAAAAAUACAUCAGUCUUGGGUUUUUUAAAUUUCCUCAGAUACUGAUCGCUAACUUGGAGUGAAUCGGUCAAUUCUAGACCUAUAGACUCAGACUGGAACCCGAUAUGAAUAUUUGGGCCGAAGCCCAUAAGCCACAGUUGAAUAACAGCGUAAUAUGCAUAAACUGUGAAAAGGUGGUCAAUACUUCAUGUAUAGGUCGCAAAAUAUACCAUUCAAGACAACAGAGGUACUAGCCGAAACCGCAGACACGAGAUUCGUCGAUAUUUUGCCAGUGCAUGGCACACCUGUGAGGGGCUCGAGUCCUCAAUGGGUUUCCCAGUAUUUCGCGUGUUCUUCCUGUUGCGGCUAGUAGUAUAUUUUGGUGCAACAAUAUACCAUACUAGCAGCACAGGUACUAGCUAAAAGCCCAGAAACCUGUUUUGCCGAUAUUCUGCCGCUUCCUGACAGAGCUGCGGAAGGUUUCAGCAGGAAAACAUACAGUGAGCACUGGGGGACCCAAUUAUGAGUCGACCCCUCGCCGCUGUAUCAUGCAGCGGCAGAAUAUCGGUAAAACACGUGUCUGGACUUUCAGCUAAUGCCUCUACUGCCAACUAUGGUACCUGUGCUCAUGCAUCUGGCUUUCAGGUACAAGUGAGUUCCCCCAGGCCUCCAUGUGUCCACAUCGUGCUAACUGGAAAAUCGACCGGGCAACCAGUGACAACUUGUAAGCCGAUGAAGACUGAGAAAACAAGGAUGUCAGCUGCUUUGUAUUAGUACGCAAUGUCCUCUUCAGCCGCACUCAGAGGCACGUUGCUAAAACGUAUUCGAAAAAUGCCAAUAUAAUGGCGCUGCUGAUAAUUCGUCCCUUUGGCAUUAAAUGUCGCCUUUAUAUGACCCUCAUAAAUCAUCAAGAAUUAGUUUUGUAAAAUAACUACAGAAAAGGUGCUAAAUCAUUAAAUGUAAACCGAAAUUUUGAUAUCCAUUUACGUCUCGUAAAAGAUCAAAUAAGAGCGGUUGUUAUAUUUAUCAGCAUGCAGCAUAAUCCAGAAAUAAUUUAGCUUUUUCAAGACGCCAGCUUUUAAAAAGAAAUUCUUCCCGGUUGCCUGUUAAAACAACUAUGUAAAAGGCAACUACUUACGUAGCAUGGAUUUUUCUCAUUGAUUUUCGGUUUCGUCAUAAAUUCACUUAUAUUUUCUGAAGAACGUGCAUAAAAAUAUUUAUUCAUUUACUCAUUCAGUAGAAAACUAAUUUUUCUUAAAAUUAUGUAUUUUAAAAAGGGAUGUAAUUCGGUUUUGGGUUUUCCAACUUCGGAAUAAUUUUAAAUGCCACCCGCCGUUAUACUUGCAUUCAGGGUCUCUAAACUAUAAGCUGUAUAUUUUCCAUGUAUUGAAAAUUAUACAUUUUCAUACGCUAUUCAGAGGAGACUAUAUGCGGUUCAUAAAAUUUAUAAGUCGAUUUGAGACAUAUUGUAAACUUUGCAAGCAACAUUAUUAAAUGCAGAGACACGAUGUGUUAUGAACGGGAAUUUCACGGUGUUAACAAUUUUCAUAAUUAGAGACUCUUUAAAACCGAAUUAUACCUGGUCUUCAAAUAUUACAUUUGAAGAAUACGUCAUUUUCUGCCGAAUGAGCAAGAAAGUGAAUAUUUUUAUGCAUGUUUUCUCUUUAAAAAAAUAGUUGAAUUUGAAGAAGAAGAAGAAGAAGAAGAAGAAGAAGAGGAGUCGAGCACCGGAACAAUUCGUUUAUUAUCCUGAGCUUUCAGACUCGUACAGGAGUCCAUCGUCAGAGGUAGUGGCAGAAACAGGACAAGCGGCAGUUAUAAGGCACGUAGACCCGAUCAUCGACCGACGUCGCACGACUGGAGGUGACUACGAAGGGCUCUGUACGCCCACGCCAGAUCGAUAAAUCGAUUGGCCGAGUUCUCAUCCGAGGCCCAGGCUUCAAUCAAUUCUCGGCCUGUUUUGUUUCUGGCGUGGGCAACUAUUUUGGUGGCUGCGAAGUCAAACUCGUGACCCAUUUCGUAGGUGUGGGCGGCCACUUGUGAUAAUGCGUCGCCUCGCCGCACAGCUAGCUUAUGUUCAUGUAUGCGCAGCCACCAAACUAGUUGCCCACGCCGGAAACAAAACAGGCCGAGAAUUGAUUGAAGCCUGGGCCUCGGUCAAUCGAUUUAUCGAUCUGGCGCGGGCGUACGGAGCCCUUCGUAGUCACCUCCAGUCGUGCGACGUCGGUCGACGAUUGGGUCUACGUGCCUUAUUACUGCCGCUUGUCCUGUUUCUGCCACUACCUCUGACGAUGGACUCCUGUACGAGUCUGAAAGCUCAGGAUAAUAAACGAAUCGUUCCGGUGCUCGACUCCUCUUCUUCUUCUUCUUCUUCAAAUAUGUAUACACCUGGGACUCGAAAUUUCGCCUUCAUUCAUAGUUGAAUUUUUAAGGGCAACAAGAAUCUAUAAGCAAAACGCGUGCUAUUUACGUAAUCAUUUUUUACAAAGUGGUUUUUGAGGGCGGGCGGUCGGACACGGGACAUAAAUCCCCCAUUGCCUUUAUUUUUGGGAGGUUAUGGCUACUGCUAGAAUUGUUAUAAUUAAAGUUAUGAGGGUUAGUGUUAGAAUUACGGGUAGAAGUGUUAAAAGCAAAAAACAUGAAUGGGUAUCCCCGCAUUUUGGCGCGAGGUCAUCUGUAGAACGAGGCAUCCCCAUUUUCCACCAUAAUUCUGUAAGAUGUUCUUAGUGAAACAGCAACCUUCGAUACAUAGACCGCUGUAUAGCUUAUUGAUCACAACCCCCAUUUACACAUCAGGUCUUGCACAAUCAGUUCUAUCUGGAUGCGAAUAUACGAGCCCCAUUUUCUUGCUGCGAAGGCAAUGAAGGCGUGUCAUAUUAGCCGGAGUUUUCAGACUUAUACAGGAGCUAUCCAUCAGGUAGUAUGAGCGUGCAACGACGAGUAGGUCCGGAAGUUCAGGCUCACGAUUACAGUAUUCGCGCUCUCAUCAUCUGGUGAUCGUAACUUCAUCAUCUUUGCAGAGUUCGGUCUGUCUGUAAUAUCCUUUUAAACGGAGAUGGCGGGUUAGUCCCAUUCUUCAUUCUUUGACGACAGACCCCAAUCUGAAUAAGGUAGAGUAUCCUCCGAGCGCCUUCUUGCGAACCGACUCCCGAGAAAUGAGUUUUGAAAUCCAUUUCGGAACACACUUCCUGCAUUGUGCAUCCCGGACAGGUGAAUAGGCAUCCCCUGCAAUUUUAAUGCGAGGUCAUCCGUAGUACGAAGCAUUUCCACUUUCUACUGUCUGACCUAGCUUUCCUCCGAAAGUUAUCUUGUCCGAUCGGCUUUUACGAAUACUGCGAACCAAGUCUUUAGGAGCAAUUUUCGUAAUGUCAUUUCUAUUACUGACUGCUCUUCUAGUCGGAAUACAUGGUUCCAACGCCUCAGCCGGUAGACAGCCCAAUGUAAAACUAGGAUGCCGGACGCUCUUCUUAAGAAUUUUAUGCGCGCCCGAACACAUCAUUAGAGACGAGAAUAGAUAAAGACGAUGUAAACAAUGGAGAUACAUACUACUUAGAGAACACAGCCACUGUACAGCAAAAUUCUUUGCGCAUUCAUUACUUCCUGCGAUGACUGCUUGAUCGCUCUCAUAGUUGAUGAGUUCAAAUUCCUUUCUGAAACUUCAUACAAAUAAAAUCUUUAUUCCAGUGAUCGCAUUUCCCUCGAUCCCCCGGAAUUCGCCUUUGCGUUUUUCUUUACAAUGAUCCUCAUCUCGGAGACCUACGCAUAUGCAUAUUUAUUAGUGAAAAAUGCCGUGCCCAUUCGGAAAAUUGACAGGUAGCAAGUCCUGUAUUAGCUCGCUUAAGGUGGCGAACUCCGGAUAACGAGUACCGCAGUCCCUCCUGUAACCAAUCAGGAGGCGCGGGUGUUAUGCAUGUGAAUUUAACUCAGUAAGUGCACGUAGAUGCGUCGGAUAUUUUAGCAUACUACAAUAGUAGAAAACUACAAAACUAUCUAGUAGGAGCUGAAGGAAGACUACUGACUCCGUCUUAACCAAAACUUGUCAAUUUUUCAUCAUUUGAACUUUUGGAUUUUUUAUCGUUUGUCUGUAGUAAUAAUUUUAUUUCGAAUUGGCAAUUAAAAGAGCGGUUGCGGAAAACCCGCUAGGACCAGUGGAUUGCAUCGUUUUCAUCUACAUAUACGAAAAAAUUGUGAACAUAUCUAAAUACCUGCACAGCGCAGGAAUUCACAAAGGAUUUGCGCAGUUAAGUUUUCUUUGCUUCCCACGGACAUUUCUGCUUUCUCCUCUCCCUCGCUUUCUAUGUCUUCUGCCCUCAAAUUACCCCUUUUCUUUGCCUUCAAAAACGGCUCACAUCUGCCGAAUUGCCGCUUGUCAUCGUUAAAAAUAUAUUUGCUCCUGGACGCAGUUCGGAUCUAAAUAGAUGCGUAUUUUCCUCGUUUCAUCAAGUGUUCCCUUUGCACACCCAAAUAAAAAACUUUACUAGGGCUGAAACCUGUAUUAUCGUCGACAUGGCCAAUUGGGGAAAUAACUUGCGACACGUGGAGUCUCCGGUCGGCUCUGGCCAUAUGACCCUCAGUGUGCCUAUCAGAUGAAGAUAAAGAAGUCGAAGGUGAUGGGGAUGGUGGCGAUAAUGAUGGUGAUUAUGGUGGUGGCGGUGGAUGUGUUGUUGUUGCUGUUGUUGUUGUUGUUGUUGUUGUUGCUGCUGCUGUUGUUGUUGUUGCUAUUGAUGUUGUUGUUGUUGUUGUUGUUGUUGAUGAUUAUGAUAAUGAUGAUGAUGAUGAUGAUGGUGGUGGUGGUGGUGGUGGUGGUGGUGGUGGUGGUGGUGGUGGUGGUGGUGGUGGUGGUGGUGGUGGUGGUGGUGGUGGUGGUGGUGGUGGUGGUGGUGGUGGUGGUGGUGGUGGUGGUGGUGGUGGUGGUGGUAACAUUAGUUGUAUUAGGUGUUGUGCUGGUGGUGGUGUAGGUGUUCGCGAUUCUGGAUGUCAAUCGAAGGGAGUUUGUCUUCUCUUCAGCAAGACUAAAGUGGACCAUAUUUGACGGCGAGCAGCCCAAGUCCGGUGUACGCCCGCCAGGUUGACUACUGUUCGCCUAUGAGUGCCUGAGGAGAUCGAGCAAGUGCACUUAGAGGCAAUGGCGGGUUAACUGCUUUUAUAGACAGGCUCAGACCUCACCGAAGAUCGCCAAACAGUCCAUAUAUCGUGCUUGUUUCUCAAAAAAUUUCAUCUUUCUUAAAGGUAUUGCUCAAAUUAAUAGAUGCCGUCAUCCUUAAAAUUUUACUCACAACUUCGCACUUUAAAAAGAGCCCGCGUCUCCGCUGUUUUGCGCUUCUCACUUACACGCUACUUGUUUCAUCAAAAAAUGAUUCGCACACGCUUUUGAGUUCCAAGCGUGCUUUGACUGCUAUUGGCCACAUAGUUUGCAAUGCAAGUGUGCCCGAGUAGAGUAGAGUACACGCAAUUCCUCGAGCGUAUUUUUUGAAGCCUAAAAAACCUAUUUCUGCUGGAUUCCUUAGAGAUUAGCGUAAGUAUUUGACAAAAUACAUACUACUCAAGCAUUGUUUUGGGAAGAAACAACAACGGUUUUCUUUCCUUCCCACGGACAUUUCUGCCUUCUCCUCUCCCUCGCUUUCUAUUUCAUCUGCCCCAAAAAUAUCCCUUUUCUUUGCAAUCAGAAACGCCUCACUUCUGCCUAGUUGCCGCUUGUCAUCGUUAAGAAUAUAUUUACCGCUGGACGCAAUUCUAAUCUAAGUAGAUGCGUAUUUUCCUCGUUUCACCAAAUGAAAGCCUUUAUUAGGUCUGAAACCUGUAAUAUCGUCGCCAUGGCCAUUCGGGAAAUAAAUUGCGACACGCGGAGUCGUCGGUCGGCUCUAGCCAUAUGACCCUCAGUUCUGGUGCCUAUCAAAUGAAGAUGAAGAAGUCGAAGGUGAUGGUGAUGGUGGCGAUAAUGCUGGUGGUGAUGGUGGUUGUGAUGGAUGUUUUGCUGUUGUUGUUGUUGAUGAUGAUGAUGAUGAUGAUGAUGAUGAUCGUGGUGGUAGUAGUAACAUUAGUUGUAGUGGGUGUUGUGCUGGUGGUGGUGUCGGUGUAAGUGAUUCUGGAUGCCAAUCAAAUGGAUAUUGCCUUCUCUACAUCAGCACUACAGUGGACCAUAUUGGACGGCGAGCAGACCAAGCCCGGUGUACGCCCGCCAGGUUGACUAACCUUCGCCUAUGAGUCCCGUAGGAGAUCGAACAAAUGCACUUUGCAGCAAUGACCGGUUAAUUGCUUGUAUAGGCAGACUCAGACCUCGCCAAAAUUCCCAAACAGUCCAUAUAUCAUGCUCGCUUCCCAGAAAAUGUCAUCCUUUUUAAAGGUAUUACUUAAAUAAAUAGAUGUUGCCGAUUUUAAAUAUUUAUUCACAAGUUCGCAUUUUAAAAAAAUAUCUCGCGUCUCUGUUGUUGUUCUCUUCUCACUUACAUGCUACGUGUUUUAUCAAAACAUAAUUUGCAGACGCUUUUGAGUUCCAAGCGUGCUUUGACUGCUACUGGCCACAUAGUUUGCAAUGCCAGUGUGCCUGAGUAGAGUAGAGUACACGCAAUUCCUCGAGUGUAUUUUUUAAAGCCUAAAAACCUAUUUCUGCUGGAUUCCUUAGAGAUUAGAGUAAGUAUUUGACAAAAUACAUACUACUCAAGCAUUGUUUUGGGAAGAAACAACAACGGGUGAACGGAGAAGACGUGCGUCCAACUGACGCCUUUCACAGUGCAUGAAACGUUCUGUGAAUAUCUUGUACUCCAAGUCAACCUUUAAACUCGUAUUAAGUAAGUAUUUUUGUUUAAGAAUUUCUUAAAAUGUCAAACCGCAGUUUCGUAGAUUAUGAUGCGUAUCGCAGACCAUUUCUUCAGAUGAUUUUUGUCGUAAACGGUUGCAUUCGCUACUACCGGCCGUAUGAUUCAUCGAGUCACAGUGGAAGGGCCAACUUCGAUAGAGAGGGAUCUUUGACUCUUAAGCAAGGCACCUUUGAAAACCUACACUGCAAAAGGCAGAGCCGUCUGUCUUGCAUGUCAUCAUCCUGCGGAUGCGACACUUAAAACUGUUGAACACUGAUAUACAAUAGAUAUGUUAACGCACGAAAUGUGAACUGAAGUUCUGAAAUGCGUAUGACUCAAGUAGGGCUGUGAUAUUGGUUAACGUGCAGCAAAGCCCCACAAUGACUUGGUUAGCUCAGGAUGACGGCUUUCAAAUGAACUUAUUUCGGUCGCCUGCAAAAAAUAUACUCUGUAAAAAGUGACUACAUAGGCAGAAUGACUUUUCCUCACUGGUGUUUGAUGCUCUUAUAAAUUCAAAUGUAUCCCAUAGAAAACCGGCAUAAAAAUAUUUAUUUUCUUACUCAUUCAGUAGAAAAUUUCGUCUUCUUUAAAUUUUCUAUUUCAAAGAAAAAUAUAAUUUGAUUCUAAAAAGCUUCCAACUUUGAGAUUUUUUAGGACCGUGAAAUGCCAGUUCGUAAAGUAUCGUGUCCCAGCAGUGUAAAGUUUGCAAUAUGCUCAAAUCCAUGAAUAUAUUUUACGAAUCCCCAUAUGGCCUUCUUUAAACAGCAUACAGAAAUGCAUGAUUAUUCGUACAUGAAGAAUAUAAAGUUCGUAGUGUGGAAACCCUGAAUGCAAGUGAAAUGGCAUAUCGGUUUUAGAAGUUAUCCAUGGAUUGGAAAAGUUUUUUUGAAAACCGCAUUGCAUUAUAUCUUGAGAUGUAAAGUUUAAAGAAGACGUAAUUUGCUAGUGCGUGUGUAAAAUAAUGAAUAUUUUUAUGCAGCAACUCCAUGAAAUAUAUUUAAAUUUACAAUGGCAUCGAGAAUUAACAAGAAAAAUUCAUGCCACAUAAAUUGUCACUUUUUACCGAGUGUAGUUUUUGCAGGCUGCCGAAAAGAUCGUCGUUCGAAAUUUAUCAUCCUGGAGCAACUAAAUUAUUAGGGGGUAUGCUGAACGGUUAGUUAUAGUACAACCUUACUUAAGUAGUCUUUCGAGCCAAAAAAGCAAUUCAGAAUUUCCGUUAGCAGUUGACAAUUUUGCGCAUCCAAUGUAAAACCCUUGUACUACAGAAGGUUUUGCGCUAAAUUCCAGAGCGUACGCAUUACCGCGCCCUAUUUUUAGCCUGACCUUAAACAUGGUUCUCCAUAGAAUUUAGGGUAGUGCUUCCUUUAAAAAUUGGGAUACAUUUACUCGCAAACUACCCUUAUGUUUUUCGAAUCAUUAUCAUUGGAAUCACGUUUAUGUCUCCAACUGCAAUUAGAAAUGUUUAGUGAGGAAAGGACAAAUACAACGCGUUUCUGAACAUCGAAUAAACGUUGAGGCAGCAGCGCUUGCCUGCAUUUCAGAACCCAUUAGCUCAGGGCUGUUUUUUUUUAAUCCAGGCUGCUAGCCCAGCCGACUGUUAUUACUCGCUUAUGCGAUUAUACGCCGACUGUCCCGAUUUGCUAAAAACGCUCUCAGCUAUUGCGUGAACGACCAUGGUCAGCAGAUUACAGGGUUUAAGCCCUGGCGCAGUCGGAUUAAUUUUCUCCGGAGCUCGGCUUUGCGUAUUAGGCGGCGAAAUUUGAUUAUACCAACGCCUGUGUUUUUAUGACACCUUUCAACUUCGUUAAAGGACAUAUUUAAAUAGUUAUUGGUAAGUACUAUCUGGGAGUCUGCGGGGAUAAUCAUCCUGUUGGACGAUGUGCUGUUUCAUGAAAUGUUACGGAAAUUCUGAAAUGUGGUUUUAAUUCGAAAAGACUAGUACAGUAGGGUUGAAAAGCUACCGAUCUCAUGAAAUUUUGGCCAAAAUUCUAAAUGUGCUUUCGAUUGGGAAGGACUAAUUAGGUAUCUUUGUAAUGCUGAUUAUCAAUCCCAUAAUGCUAUAAUAUUUCGGACUCAACGGGAUGUCGGCGUUUGUAUGUACUUCUUUUGACCUCCUGUAGAAACCUUACUCGGUAAAAAAUGACUACUGAAAUAGCAUGCAUUUUUCACAUUGAUUUUCGAUCUUCCUAUAAAUUUUAAUAUUUUUUUACAAAACAUGCUCAAAAUAUGCCUUUCUUUACUUGUUUGAUAGUAAAUCGGUUCAUCUUCACAUUUUAUGCCCUAAGAAGAAGGAUAAUUGUGUUCUUUUAGAAGUUUCUUAAUUCCCGAAUAAUUUGGAGCCUGAUCAGUUUUUGCAUUAUCGUUUAUUGAUUUCAGUCUACAAAGUGCAUACUUUCCGUGUGAGGGAUAUCAUAUAUUUCUGUGUGCCUUUAAAUAGAGGCUAUAUAAAAUCUAUAAAAUUUAACAAUGGAUGCGGGUUAUGAUGUGCAUUUCAUGAGGAGUAUUGGUAAACAGACAGGUACGAUGCUGUGUGAAUGGUCAUUGACUGGUUUUAAAAAAUCUCACAAUUAAAGACCUCUUAACGACCUUACUCUACUCGUUUUUCGAGUAUACAAUGUAAAAAUUACGUAAAUUCCUAUCAAACGUGAAAACGGAAGUAUAUUCUUGUACAUUUCUUCUAAAAAAUAUAUUUGAAUUUUUAGGACCAUCGAAAAUCAGUGUGAAAAAUUCAUGCUACGUAAGUAGACGUUUUUCUGCCGCGUUUGUUUCCCACAUGACGUUUAGAAGGUGUGUAUUCAAAGGCUAGCACCCUGCUAAGUCCAAAAUAUUAUAGCAUUAUGCCGCAUGAUAAUCGGUAUUCCAACCCCAUUUAAGUAAUCUUUCCUAAUUGAUGGCCAGAAUUUUACGAGAUUAGUCACUCACUGUAAUGACCAUACAGCAUGAUUCUGAAAUAUUUCAGGCACACCAGGUUUCCGGCUUUUGAAGAAGCUUUUUCCGACAGUCGUCAAAUCUACGCUCCGCAAAAAUGAUUGCUUAAGUGGCACGCAUUUAUCGCAUUGAUGUUUAAUGCUUUUACAAUUUAAAAUAUAUUUUAUAGGAAAUAUGAAGAAAAAUAUUGUCUCUUGCAUAAAUUUGGUAGGACUUUACGUAUUCUUCAGUUUUUGUGCUUAAAGAAACAAUAUCUGUCGGUGAUAAAAAAGUUUCUGAUUAUGAGAUUCUUACGAUCGCGAAGUCUUAAUCAUACAGCCUCGCAUCAGCACAUUGAUUAGUGCUGCUUAUGAAGUGAGCAACAUGAUCCACAUCCACUGCAACAUUUCAUGAGCCCCUAUAAAACGUCUUCUUAGUAGCGAAAGAAAUAUGAUUUUGCUGACACGAAAACUAUACAGCAUGCAGUUUAGAGGCCCUGAGUGCAAGUGUAAUGCAUAUCGGGUUCAAAAUUACUUUACAUCGAAAAACUUUGUAGAACCAAAUAAUGCCCAGUCUUUAAUUUAGAAAACUUCGAUGAAGACGUACUUUGUCCCCGUACGGUAAAAAAUGCAUUUCGGUGCAUACUUGAAUAUAUAAGGGCAUCAAAAAUCUAGGGGAAAAUGCAAACCAAUUAAGCAGUCACAUUUUACGGAAUGUAGUUUAUGCUGGCUCAAAAACCGACACCCUGACACAACUGUAAUACUUUAGGAUCGUGUCCCGCGACAUUUAAAAUGACGAGGAUACUUAAGUAAUGUAUUCGAAUUAAAAACACAAUUCAGUAUUUCGGUUGAUAUUUCAUGUGAUAGCGCAUCUACUUCAAGGUACUGAUAGUAGUAUGCCUGACUCGACCUGCCUGCAGUGAGUUAAUACCCUUCGCGAUUGAGCGAAUGGUCAACCGCCUGUCACGGGCCGAUCAGCCAGUGACCGAGAAUUGACGCACAGGGAGGAGGGGAAAGAUCCGACCAGAGCGAAACCGGGCAGCUCAAAAAGUCAUUUGAAAUGCCUAUCGAUUUUUUAAUCGCGUGUGAUCUGUUUGCGGCCAGCAUCUUAACCCUUCAGGAAGCUGCCGAUAGAGUAGCGACUUCAUAAGCCCAAGAACAACGCCCGUCGUAUUGGUGCAUGUAGAAAGGCCCUCUGUGGGGUGCGUGAACACAUAAACUUAUGAAAAAAAGAAAAGGCUCUUUCGCAAAUCCAGUUUGCACCCGUGAAUUUUCAAACUGGUGACACCGACCCGUUAUCGGACGAAAUGAAUAGAAAAGAAAGUGAGAUCUGCCGACCAUAUCGGUUGGCGCGACAGGACAAACAGCGACAGACAGACAGCUGAUGCAUGGUGGGGGUGGCACUGAGUUACGGCAAGUUUGGAGCGGUGGAGAGGUGAGAGCUGUGACGGCUCCCUGUUCUGGAGGAGAAGAAGGGGGUUCGUGAAUCAGUAGGAAUUACGGGCGGCUGGUUGUUCGUACUGGAUGAGACCAGGGGUCAGCGCGCCGGCGUCGGAGGUGCUAGGACUUUCGAUUGUGGUUUGCCGUUACGGAUGGAGGGGCUGGCGAGACAGUGCAAAUCUACGUGGCCAGGUAGGAAUUAGCAGUUGUUAGGGCGGGGGCAUAAGUCAGUGAGCGUGUACGUAAACCCUCGCAGUGAGCGUCUAGACCGACAUGGCGGUUGAUGCUGCUCUUGUUAUAAUGCCAAGAUUCGGGGAAUUCUCGCGCCUGUCAGGUGUUAGGUACUGCAAGCAAUUCAGUACCGUCCCAAUCAGAGGCGGCGAUCACACUCAAAGAUGUAUGCAAAUACGAAGAACGGAGGGUCACGUCGUUGGAGGGCUAACUUAUGCUCGUUGGCACGAGUCCCAAGACGUCGGCCUGUAUGACCAAUAUAAACGCUACAGCAGAUAGCGCACGAGAUGCUGCAAAUAACAUUGGUUAGUUGUUUCUUGUGAAUGUGGUCCAUUACUCGGCACCCUUGCCUAUGUAUUGGGUCUCAUUUUGGCCUAAUUUGCUGGAGAGAACCAGGGUGUUACAGUAAUUAAACUGGUGUUCCUAAUGCGGGGAGACAAACCGCUCAAACCAAUACAGGAUUACAUCAAGGCUUCUUUCCCCACGUGACGCAAACUACAUGUUUUUUAAUUACAGAAAGAAAAAGCAACGCAUAUGCCUUGAAAGAACAGUUACCAAGCCUUUAUUUACAUGUCCGGCCCCAGUUGACGCUGGGAUAAUUAGUGUGCGUAACAUAAGGCUGCACUUCUAGCCAAAAAUGCAAACUCUUAUCUGCACUACGAAAAGGAACGCUGGCUGAUUUCGUCAACACUUGUUUACUGUGCUUUUUUUACAUGGAGCCUAUUUUAAGAAGUAUUUGACUGAGAACUAAGUCAUCUGUGUUGCCACUUAAUAAAAACUAACGAGCUAGCUGAAAAAAACGCUUUGAAGGCUCAGAAGACCAGAUGGAUAGAAUAGAUUUGCUUUCUGUAAAUUCGCGCCAUGCCAGUUCAUUUAUAUGAGAACGGAAUAGUAGUAAAGCAUGUCAUUGAUUUGAAAAAUCGGUUAACGUUCGCCUUAGAACAAAAGAUGGGUGUGGGAAUGUGGGGUGGGUGGUUGGCGGGUAAUAUUAGUCAAUGCCAGGGGCGAUGUGAGAUCGGAAUGGCACGUAAAGUUGCAUUUAGUUAACUGACUUUUGAUCAUGGUAGAAGCGGAGCCUGAACGAGGUUCUUCUGCACGCACAAGAUCGGCUUUGAAGAGUACAUACAAUACCUGUGCUAACUCAUUAAAUGCCGCGAUUAAAAUUAUAAUGGAAACUGAAACCUAUUUUGGGUGUUGUUAUUUGUGUUUAUUUAAUUGAAAUAAGGACAAAAAGGCCGUUUGCUUAAGAAAAGUUUGAUACGGAUCUGUAUUUUAAAUGGAAAACGGGCCGAAUUUAGGCGAAAUCGGAGGAUUCCUGAUAUUCAAGCAGUUUCCUACGCUAUUAAAGCUUUCGGAUGGAAAUUCUUUGUGUUACCUUAUUAAUCUGUUUAAGAAGAUUAAUAAAAGGACGAAAUUUUUUAAUAAACUUUCGAACAAAAAGAAAAAAUUAAAUUUCAAUAUCAAAAAAUCAGGGAAAUGCAGAUAAAUUAUUUCUUAUUGUGUUCAGGAAAUAACGUGCGAUUCUUUAUCUAAAAAUUGUAUUUUACAAAUCCGUAAAGUUUUAUGUUUCAAAAUAACGAAAUAAAAAGUUUAUCAGUGUGAUUGUUUUACCAGACCGAAAAUGCGUAUCGUAAACGAAUAUAUAUUGUGUUCGCGCGACAUGCCGUCACUUUUCUCUAUCACGCCAAACGAUAAACAUGUCUAAACAAUACUUAUCCGAAGUAGACUUCCAGCGCAUUCGAAAACUAACGGCGGAGGGAAUCCCGCGUGAGUCGUUAGCUAGUAUUUUCAAUAUUAGUAAGGUCACUCUGUGGCGCAUUAUUAAUGAUAAAAUUGUUCCUAGAAAUAAGAUAGGGUGACCCAAAUGGUCCACAAGUAAGCAAGACGACGAUUUUAUUCGUCGCACAUUAAAAAAGUUUCAUAACAUGCCAAUUGAGACCAUACAACGGGAACAUCUGCUAAUGUGUUCUAUGAACAUCAUUGGGAAAAGUAUGAAAGAAUUUGAACUGCAGCGGCGGAAGGCCAUGAUUAAGCCAUAUUUAAGUAGAAAACUAAUUAGAGAACGGCUUUUAUUUGCUGAGAAUUAUAUUGAUUACAGAUCUUCAUUUUGGAAGAGCAUUUUCUUCUGCGAUGAGGUUUUAUUUUUAGACGAGCCUACGAAAGAAAGAACUUCCCAAGAGGACGCACUACGCCGACGGCAACAUUCAAGAACUGUCGACGGAUGAUGGUUUGGAUGGCGAUUAAAUUCGGUGAGCGGCCUGUCUGGCGGUCAACAUCCGAAACCAUCAACUGCAAGGUGUUUAUUGCAAUUGUCAAGGAUGCUUUUGGCUACAACGGUAUGAGUCGGCGCCGAAUGGAUGCUGUAAUUUUACACGACAAUGCACCUGUCUACCGCUCUAUAGAGGUACGAAUUUGAUGCCGCUUGCAAAUAUAAUCCAAUAUUUUAGACAACAACCACCCUCUCCGCAAUUGGUCUCCAAUCCAUUUUCAUCCCGGCCAACAGUCCCGAUUUGAAUUCUAUCGAAAAUCUUUUUGAAAUAGUCAAAAGAAAUUGGCACAAAGCUAAGAAGACUCUUUCAAUGCAGGACAAAUUGGAUUUCAUACUCAAUAAUUGCAUUUUACAAUCCACCAUAGAUAACCUCGCCAGUUCUAUGUCUGACAGACGUUCUGCCGUUAUUAAAUCAAAUGGACAUUCAACAAAGUACUGAUUUUUUGUAACUGUUUCUGUCCUUAAUUUUGUUGCCCUUUUUUGCGCCCUCCUCCUUUAUACGUCCUCAUACGUGGCCUUUAUUAACUUGGUUGUGAUAUAGGCGUUUCUUGAAAAUGUUUACUUUUUUCGAAAACUAUUAUUUUUGUCUCAGUCAAUAAUAUUUUCUAAACCAAACUUUGCUUUAUUUCUUUGACACACCUUUUAUUUUCCGCUAUCAGACUUUGGAAGCCGUAAUUUUUACCGAUUCUGCAUUAAAGUCCUUUAUCUGUGUUGAUUCAUGACAUUUUAAGAGUAAGCACAGGUACUGUAAGUCUCACAGAGAUGAAGCUUUGAGGAGUAUUAACAGGAUGUAAUACCAAAUACGAAUGAUGAAGGUCCGGUAUACUCAUAAACUGUCCAAACCCAUUGCUCUGGGAAUUGACCACAAGAAAUUGUUAGAAUAAAUUGCACAAUGACGAUCGUGGAAAUAGUUGGAAAGUGGGAAGAAGGAGAUAAAGAGAAGGAGGAGGAGGAGGAGGAGGAGGAGGAGGAGGAGGAGGAGGAGGAGGAGGAGGCGGAGGACGGAGGCGAAGAAUAA